CAAUAUAGGAUUGAUUGAUAUUUAUUCCUAUGCUUUUAAAUUUAAUCUACCUUAGACUGAAGACGAUUAUGAUCAUUUUGCUGAUGAGGAAGAAUUUGAGGUAUAUAUUCAUUAUAUUGCAUGACAUGUGCUAAAAAUGUUCAAUUAUUAUUACCUUACCUCUGAGAAAACAAGAUUAGUUAAUAUUAUUAAUACUUCUGUUUGUGGAAACACCACGUAAAUUUAUUAUAAUUGCAAAGCUUUCGAUCCGUAAGCCCAGAUUUUCAUCAGUGCUAAUAAUAUGUGACUUGUUCAAUUCACAUGCCCUUUUAUAUACCAAAGUGUUGUGAUCUGUUGGCUUGCAUCAUUUGAAAUUUAAUUAAAUGGUACAUCAACCACGUCAUUACAAAUGUAGUGAAGUGAUUCUAAGUAACGCGAGCACAUCCAAGACAAGAGAAAUUCAUUUUGAUUAGUUAAAAUUAAAUUAAGAUUAGUUUAAAUUUUGGAUAAUGUCCCAUAUUGCUGUAGGGUCAUCCAAUCACAGUUGCCCACUACUGUACAGGUACUAUAGUUUGUAAUGUACCAACUUAAAAUACGAUAUGCAUUUUUCCCAAUUCUCAAUUUUACUAGGGUUACUCAAAAGACAAAUCUGGAAAUAAAGGCAAACAAUCAGAGCCAGAUUUGAAAAUAGCAAAGGUAUGGUAGUAUAUUAUGAUGUUUAGUUACACAUCCACUUUGAUAUUUUGCCCUACUGGAUAUAUAUUUAAUAUUCUAACCCGAGUUAAGUAAAUUUAUCCAUUGAUGGGAAAUGAAAUUCUUUUACUCCACAAAUUAUGGCAUUAUGCUGAAUAAAAUUUUAAUUAUACCAGCGCCUCGAAGCGGCGCCCCCGUAUAAUUAUGAUUAUACAAGCACUCGAAGGGAGAAAUGUAUGUAUGGAAUACUUUGGCUUCUAAAUACUGUAAAAUUCCCUUGAGUGUUGGCCGUCAUUGAAAAUAAUUACAAUCAUGUGUUACCUUAUAAAUAUAGCUGUUAUAUACAUUGCUCAUUUUACAACAGGUAAAUGCUGUUACUUUCUUGAGUUUUUUUCUGUUUACUGAAGGGAUAAAUAGCAAUUACAUUCACAUUCUAUAUGGGCAUGCUUUGAUUUCUUAACUCUUUAAUUUAGACUGCCCAGGGCAGCAUUCAGUUUGCAUGAGUGUCCAACAUUGGUGCCUAUAUGAACCAACAUCUGCCCUAGCCCUGGUGUACCCAAUAAUCAGACUGGUCAUGUAUUAAAUCUUUGCAUUUUUUUUUCUCACUUCUGUCGUAAUGUAUAGGUACCAUUGCAUUUGAGAGCAAACUGGGAAGGUUUUUAUCUGGAGAUUCUUAUGAUUGCUGGUUUAGCAGCUUAUGCUUUGAAUUUCUUUGCUGGCAGAAGUAAAAAUUCAAAACUGGCCACAGCAUGGUAAGUCAUGUAAACUGAAGGAUUUGUAUACACAGGUUUCUAAAUCAUCGUAGCUACAGUGUAGAUUUCUGGUUAAUUCUUUUAAUCAAAGUAUGUUGAAAUUAUUGACCCAGCUCCUGUCUACUUUUCAUGAUUAACUGAUUACAUAAUUAUAUAAGUGUGCCUCAAUUGUACUGUUAAUGGUACCUGUAUAAUUGAACCUGUAAAACACUGUGAUUGUGUAUCCUCUACCAACUUGACAAUUUGUAUCUAUGCCAAUAGGAUGAAAUAUAAUAGAACCAUUAUGCAAGAUAAUUUUUCAAUUGUUGGUAAGUACAAUAUACAGUAAUUGUUUCAAACUAAAAUCUACAAGGAAAAACGUACUAGCUAGUAUAUACAUGUUUAUAUAUUAGGCCACCCUGUUAAUACAAUCAAUUUUUUUUGGCCUGUCUUUGGCCAUAUUAAUGGGAUUCCACUUUAUAACAAUUAUUAUGGAAAUAAAACAACUCUUUAGAGGCAAUUUGUCAAGCAGAAGCGUCUGUAACUUUUUCAUGCAAAACUACUACUGUACUAUACUAAGUUAGUAUUUGGGUUGUACUGUGAAUUAGUUGUACUGUAAAUCAUAUGAAGAAAUGGUGUUAUCUCUUGUUGUUUUAUUACGUGAAGUUAUUUCAGGUUGUUUGUACCAACUGACGUACAAAUUGAAUGACGUCAUUUGACUAGUUUUAACAAUCGGAAUUGGGUCGAUUGUACUGGUAGGAACGAUCGAUGACCGUUAAUUUCCGAUUAAUGCACGAUUCCUGACAGUGUUUGAUUAUUGUAGAAAGGAUUUUCGGUAUACCGAUCGAUAUACGGAAAAUACCGGCGUUGAAUCCAAUCAGUCGUGUCGGUAUAGGUUUUUCAGUCAUAACCGAUAUAAUGAAUUGACGGAACAAGUUUACCCUACCUAAGUUUUUGCAACAACAAAUAGGAAACCAUGGGCUUUUCAUUUUUCUGCAAAGCUCUGGAUAACUGUAAAAAGCUAUGGCGAACGACACCAACCUAAGGGGUCUGGGGGCAUGAUCCCCCAGGAAGAGCGCCAGGAAAUUUCGAAUUUUGAUGCCCUAGAAUUACAUUAUUGGCAUUAUGGGGAAGGUUUUUCCAACAAAGUCAUAUGUUCAUUGUGUGGUAGAUGUCAAAGGAUAGCGUGUUCUCGGAUUGCAUACACAAGUUUAUUGAUAACAUUUUUGUAAUUUUAAUAAAAUACAAAACAAUGGUCUUUUCACCCCGUGGUAAACCAACCUUUUCGUGGUUCUCGUCUGACAAUUGAGAAACACAACAAAAUAUAAAGCUCUGGCGAAUUUGGGCGUGGCGUGAGUAAAUGAUCAGGCGAAUUUCGCCGUUCGCCGGCCUAAAAUGAAAAUUUCCAGUAUACCGAUACAGGAGAAAAUCCUUAUCUCCCAAUAUGCCAUGCCUGGUUAUGAUUCUCGUGACCAAACACCAAUGGUUUUCUCUGACUUUGUCUUGUACUGAGUCUACUGACGCCGGACUACUGCGUGAAGAAUAUUGAUAACUCUGAUGGAGCAUCAGAUUUAGACUUGCUAACAAGUCGACCUCGGACGAGCGACGAAGUCGAAAGUCGCUAGCGCGAGCGACGAAGAAAUUACUUCCUUGAAAAUUCCUUAGUUCUAAACAAAGACGAAGGACUUUAAGAAAGUCUAAUGGAGCAUUCGAACGGAAGAUGGCUGUGAAACACAUUAGAAUAUAACUCAUUACCUAUGUUAACGUUUAUUCAUAAAUCUGGUCCUUCCCCGUACGUGUGUAUUGUAUUUUUGCUAGGGGUGCACCGGAUUUGGAAUUUUCAAAUCCGGCCGGAACCGGAUUUACCGGAUUUGGCCAAAAAUUCUGGCCGGAAUUCCGGCCGGAUUUGCCGGAUUUGAGAUAAACCGGUAAUGGCAAUAAAUUGGGAUAAUUCAGUAUUCAAAAUGGCGGUUUAUGUUUUUUACUAUUUUUAGUUAGUGUCAGUUUAGAUUUUUUAUUGUGUUUAAACCUUUUUUAAAUAUCUUCUUGUUAAUAACUUGAUAUUUUAUAAUAAUAUUAAGUGUUUUUUAAACUUUAAAGCUGCCAAAUUGAUGGUUUAUCCGAUUCUUGGUGAAUAUUUUAAGGUGAAAACAGAUAUUUAAUCCGGCCGGAUUUUCUCCAAAUCCGGCCGGAUACCGGAAAAUUCGUUAAAUCCGGCCGGAUUUGAAAUCCGGUGCACCCCUAAUUUUUGCCCAACCAACCAAUAUCAGUGUUUUAGGAAAGUUACCUAUUCGUGACUCGAACAGUAGGGAAAUUGUUAUUGGUGGGUUUGGCAAAAAUACAAUACACGCGUGACGGUGAAGGACCAGAUUUAUGAAUAAACGUUGACUAACAUAGAUAAUGAGUUAUAUUGUUAUUAUAAUGAGUUUCACAGCCAUCUUCCCUUCGAUAGGCUAUGGAUGGAGGAAUUACGAAAUUAAUAAAUGAAAUUAAAUUAAUUUGAGAUUAUAGGUUCUUGCAGUAGUAUAGAAAAGGGAACAAUUGUGUUAAAAAACCCUUUGAUUUCCUUAGUGAUGGUGUACUGUUCUGUGGGGAAACUAGAAAUUAAUAUAUAUUGGGUCAUUUGGGUGGACAUGCCGUAUACUGUACAGUCAAUUGUGCGGAAAGUAUAAGUCAUUGUUCUACACUAGGCGAUGAUGGAUCCGGUGAUGAACCUCAGCAAGGAAUUCUGGUGAAAGAAAGUGAAAGUCAUUAUUCUCUUUGGUGUUCAGGAAGAGUGAAUUGUGAAGGGCUUCUUGUUGAACUAAAAGUAAGUCUGAGCGACCGCACUGCAUGAAUGCAUUGUCAAUCCAGUGGACAAGACAUUUCACACACAUUGGUUCGAAACGGUAAGGCUAUACAGGUACAUGAGUAGUGUAUGUCAGCUCUCGAUGUUAUAUUUGUUUCCUUUGAGAAGGUUAAUAGGGACGGCAACGUUACGACGACGGCAACGUCGUAACGUAACGGCAACGUUACGACGAGUCACGACGGCAAACGAAGUCGUUGUAAUGGAUGAUUGUAAGCGAAAAAUCAGUACAAUGUCAUCGUUUCCAUUGAUAGUUGCAUUAUUUAAAUUUGACAAGAAAUAUCGCAAUAAUGUAAGGAAAGCGCGUCGUCUAUUAUCAUGGUAUGAAAUUAAUGCGGUUUAAGUAUCGAGGUAUUAACUACGUAUUGACAGUAUCAGUAACCGUCGUCGUUGUAUUUUCGCCCUUCUUGCUAGAGGUUCCUAAUAACGGCAGUUCAAAUAUUUUUGAAGUGUAAAAGGCCUUUCUUGUCAGGCCUCUGAAUUAAGCCUUGCUUAAAUUCGCAAAUAACAUAGUGACCAAGCCAUACAAUAUAAAGAUUAAUUUUCGUAUAAUUGCUACAUUUUCGGAAAGUUGGACUGUACUAAUAUAAAAGACCAUGAGGACAGUUGAAAAAAAAUUAAAACAGUGUUUAAAGGUAGUCAAGUACUGUAUAGCCUGCCAACGUGACGUAUGUCACCACGUGCAUCUUUGUAAAUAUUUUGUCCGAUUUUUUAUGUAUAAAUUGUUUUGUAGUACCUCAGAACUUGUAUUAAAGGUAUUCUUUUUAUAUUUUGUAGUUACUUAAAAGACACGACUUAGUUCAUGUUCUCACAUACAUGUUCAAACCAACUUCAGAUAAAAUGGUACGUAAUGCAGAAGAGUAUAGUAUAUAUUCUUCAAUCUGAACUAUCUUAUAUGAUUAUAUGUCAUUCCUGGUUAAAGAAACCACCUGAAUUCUGUAUACAUUUCAUAUUUUUCCAAGGUUGCAACAGUUUACAUGAGUGAUGAAGAUAUGGAUAACUUCGUCUUUGCGAUCUAUCCGAAACGUACAGCGGGCAGAAUGCAGAAAGAACUUCAAGAUUUAGUAUGUAGUCUAGCUCGUUUUAUGUUUAUUAAUGAUGUCAAAAUGGGAACAUUGUACAUCUUUUUUCGAUGAAUCGGCUCACUUAUAUGUACUCAACUGUUUUUCUUGCAGAGUUUCUUCUGUCCCGAACGACGGCCUGGAGAGAAAGUUGGUUUACCUAGUACAUAUAGUGUUAUAUCAGAAAGUGCAGAAAUUCUAAGUUUGCUUUCAGUAACGGUAAGAGAUUCCUCUUUGUAUACAUUAGUACAAACUUGUAGAUAUUGUUGUAAGAUUUCCAGGAGGUCUGUUCUAUAGUUCUAUUUGUCGAAACUAUAUGAAGUACUGAACACGUUUAACAGUCCUAAUGUGUGCGACCCGAGUGAUUUCGUGCUACUGUAUAUGUCAGUACAAAAUUAUUCUAGAUUGGUUUAACGUAAUUUCGUUAGAUAAUUAAACCAAUAGUUGUUGAACCGAAUUUUUAUAAGCGAGUAGGUUUCCUUCUUUAUAAAUUCUUAAAGUUAUUCUUAUGAAUGUGCCAAUCGUGCAGUAGCGAGUAUAAAAAAACAUUGUGUUCUGAGUUCUGUCUCAAAACCAAGAUUGAAAUGUAAUCCCUAUCUUUUUAUAUAGGUAACAAAAUUAAUCACAGAUAAAAGUGAUCUGUUUGAAAGUCUCCACUUUUCAGAUCAAUAUGCUGGAUAUAAAAAGAAUCCAGAGUAAGUAUCUUUGCCUUGUACUACUUCGUGUUUUAAGUCAAUUCAUAUGUUACCAUGCAUCCCCGACUGUAUUAAUAAUGGUAAUUGCACUGAGUGGAGUGCAAUUUGGUCUAAAAUCAAACGCGUGAUUACAAAAUCGCACGACCGCGAAGCGGGGAAGUGCGAUUUGUAAUCACAAGUUUGAUUUCAGACCAAAAUUGCACGACACGAAGUGCAAUUACCACAUUAUAUUCAUUUUGAAAUCUUAAUUUUAAACAAUUUUGUAAAUGGAAACAGUUCUUUUUUUACGAAAGACACCCCCUGAUACUCCUCUAGUUGAACUUUCUUUAAAUCUCGAAACGUUUUACCAAAAAAAUGAAAAAAAAUUUAUGGAUACUGUGAAGACUAAAAGACAACCAAUCUAAGUUUAAACAUACUUUAGGUUUUAUUAGCGAUUUGAUAGGGUUUUGGUGCGGUUUGUGCAUUCAAACAUCAACAAAUUAUACGAUGUACGAAUUACUGUACCUUGUUUAGUUGUUUCGCCUGUCGCUUUAUUAAUAACAGUAAGUUGCUUUUUAAUUUUUUCUUAUUUUUAUUUCUCAAGGAUAUAUACAAAAGGUUAAUUUAUUUAAAUUUGCAACGUUUCGGAGUGUAUGUUGUUAAUGUUGCUAACGUUAACAACAGUUGUCGCCUGAAGACGGACCCGAAACGUUGCAAAUUUAAAUAAAUUAAUUAACCUUUUGUAUAUAUCCUUGAGAAAUAAAAGUAAGAAAUAAAUUAUGAACCACAAAGGUGAAAGUUUUAGAAACAAGAUUAAGUUGCUUUUUGUUGGUAUUUUCGCUAUGUUUCACAAAGAUUUUGUUCCUACUAUGCCCAUAAUUAUUUGUGAAUUGUUUAAUUAACAGUUUAAGCUAUACUUUAUUUUGUUUUUAUAUUCAAAAAAUUAGCCAAGAUGGCAAUACUCUGAUUUGUUUAUUUUGCUCAAUUUGCCAGAUCACGUUUUUCUAAAAAUUGACUGGCUAAGUGAAUUCUACACUUUCCUUUGAUUGGCUAGCUAUAAGGUCACCACUUCAAUAUGAUUGGUUUAAAAAACGAUUACAACUCAUGCUGAUGCGAGCAAAGCUCAAAAUAGUGCGAUUACAGCUCUAAAAUAGUGCGAUUUGGGCUGGAAUCGCGCAAUUUUUGGCCAAUCAGAUUGCCCCAAUCGCGCAUGAUUUAUAAAUGAAUAUAACAAAUAUGUAAAUUACUCCAGUCAAUUACAUUAAAGACCUUUCUAGUAAUUGCAACGUUACAUCCUUUUAGUGAGGCUGAGAAUCCGGAGGAAAUAAAGCCACCUAAAGCAAGAAAAGUUUUAAUUUUUACAUUUAAUCGUAAGUGUGACAGUUGCUAGUGCAUACAGAACGUAGUGCGUAGUACAUAUUUGCGUGCGGCAGCUGUAGCUGUUCGUAUUAGCAGAAAUCAAGGAGGGUAAUUUGUGUUUCUUCACGUUCGUGAUUUUGACCAAACUAUAGAUGUAGAACGAAACCGUAUCUACCUAGUACCCUAUCAAAACCCUAAACCCACGAUAUACCCACCAAUUCAAAUCGUGUCUCUGAAUUAAGUCACUGGAUAAUAAAUUACGUCACUGAGUCACUGACGUAACCGUAUACCUCUAGGCAAACGUUACUACAGUAUAUAUAAUUUUGUCUAAUUUCCACGCAUUUUAUUGCCAUAUUCUAGUACCUGGUAAAGGCAAGACGAAAUACGCGUACAUGGAAAUGUGCAAACCUUUAAUAAAUGUAAUAUUUCAUUUUAUGGAUAAAGUAAAGAAAUUUAAACUUAGUAAAGAUGUAAGUAUAUAUUUGAUUAUGCGUGGUUUAUUUAUAAUAAUGUGAUAGAGUAAUCGUGGUUGUCUUGUUAUAAAAUCAGGCCUGUGUGGUUAAACUUUUUUCUUUGGCGACAAGAUUAAAAAAUAUAAAUCCUCGUUUAUCAAUUGUGAGAUUUACUGUUCUGUGUGGUUUUAUUAAAUAUACCGCACAAAUGCAUCCUGGUAUUAUGCUUUUUGCGGGCUUGUGUGUAUAACGAAGUUUGUUCUUAUUUUUCUGGAGCCGGUUGUAUAAAAAGUUAGUUACAGUUAAUUAACUACAUUUAGUGCGAAAGUUAAAGGGGCGGUAUGAUCAAACUUUUUAUUCUCUUCAACCAAACCUUAAACGAAAAUGCUCAUAAAACUGUAUAAUAACUUGUUUUGAAGAUUUUUGUUCUCAUGCUUAGUUCUUGAGAUUAUACAAUUACUUUAUGGUUUCCGUGUUUGGAUGGCCUGAUCCAAACACGCGGGAAUGUUGCGAGAGUUAAGAAAAGCGAGCGAAAUCACGAGCCGAAGGCGAGUGAUUUUGCCCGCUUUUCUUAACUCGAGCAACAUUCCCAAGUGUUUGGAUCAGUCCAUCCAAACACGGAAACCAUAAAGUAAUUGUUUUAUAAAAUAACAACAACACGGUAGUCUUCCGUGUUUGGAUGGCCUGAUCCAAACACGGCUUUCGACCAAUCAGAAUACGCGUUAUAUACAUGUUAUUUUAUAAAUUUCUUUAGUUUGUAACCAUGUGACGUCAUCUACUCAAUUACAUAUAUAAUGAGAUAUCAGUAAUUGUUGUGUAUCUUUGCUAUUUUUGAUCGAUUUGUUAAAAAACACAGUAUGCUUAAUGAUGCAGGUUAAAUUAACAAACGCGCCGCAUCUUUCGAAAUAUUUUGAUAAAAAUAGCAAAGAUACACAACAAUUACUGAUAUCUCAUGAUAUAUCAUAUAUGUAAUUGAGUAGAUGACGUCACAUAGUUACAAACAAAAUGAAAUAUCUCAAGAACUAAGCAUAGGAACCAAAAUCUUCAAAACAAGUUAUUAUACAGUUUUACGGGCACUUUCGUUUAAGAAAAUAAAAAUUUUGAUCAUACUGCCCCUUUAACUUAACCAAUUAAAACACGUAGCUCAGAGUUAACUACUAUUUAACUUCAACAGUGGUUAAAAACAAUAAAAAGUAGUUAAGAGUUUUAUACAACCGCCCCCAGGUAGUUGUAUCAUACAAACAAGCCCGCAUAAUGUAUUCUGCAACACCUGCACUUUGCACCCAGCAUCCAUGAAAUUAUGUUUUUCAUUGUGUAUAAGCUCUUACUGAAACCUGGCUUUCGAUUAUAUCGUCAUAUAAAUUGGGAAUUGUCUCCAAUUGUCAAGAUUUCAUAUGAGUUUCCACUUAGAAACGUUGUCAAAUAAAAAGUGAUAUCCACAAUAACGUACAAUGAUGUAUCAACUAUAAAAUAGAUGUUUGUGCGAUGUUACUCUGAGUGUAUAUCCACACCGGGCAGGCUUGAAAAAUAUGCCUGGCCACGGCGGGAUUCGAACCUACGACCUUUGGAAUACUAGCCCAAUGCUCUUCCAACUGAGCUACGCGGUCAGGACGGUUCGAGUAAGCGAUAUUUCGGAACUGAGUCUAGUUCCUUCGAUAUCAGUGUAAUCUAAUAUUUAUGAAAUCUGCUGUGUUGGUGUAAUGUACUCAGGUGAAUAAGAUGUUUGUGCGAUGUUACUCUGGGCUAGUAUUCCAAAGGUCGUAGGUUCGAAUCCCGCCGUGGCCAGGCAUAUUUUUCAAACCUGCCCGGUGUGGAUAUACACUCAGAGUAACAUCGCACAAACAUCUUAUUCACCUGAGUACAUUACACCAACACAGCAGAUUUUAUAAAAUAGAUAGUACAAUUAGCAUAUUGUGGGUGGUAUGCUAUUAUAUUGGUAAAGUAACAUACAUAUACGUUACGGCGUACAGUCUGGACAACGUGCUUUGUUUUCCUUGAAUUAGGCUAAGACAAAAUCAGAUAAGAAAAGACGGGAAAUGGAGGAAUCGUUUUGGAAACAAGCUCAUGCUUCUCGUCAAGAGGUAUACAGUAUGCAUGCAGUACAGUAUAAGCCAAAUCAGUGUAAUUUGACGUGCAUGCAACUCGUGUGUUGUGAUAAAAAUUUCAGCCAGGUAAAAAUUGUUGAGUAAAACCCUGACCUGGACCAACCAGGACGAGAGCUGAUGAGAGUUGGCAAGAGAUUAAGAAUAUUUAAAAUACAAAUGUUCGUUUUUAUGUUAAGGCGGCUCAACAACGUCGUGAGGAUAAACAACGCGCAGAAAAAGAACGAAUGAUGAAUGAAGAUGAUACUGAGAAACAAAGGCGAUGGGAGGUACAGUUUAUAUUCUGUAACAGACCUGGAAAAAGUCGGAUUCUGGGUUUGCCUUUUUAGAAUUUUCCUCAAAAGUGCGUGAAAACAAUGGAAAAUUUGACCGUACAUUAUGUAUGCAAGAAGAAAGUAUAUAGUCGAGCCUCUAUUGAGCAGCCCACUAUAGAGAUUCAGCGGCCAGGUUUCUUAAAACCUUAAAAAUUCACAUCGAAAAUUCCAUCUACAAAAGCGGCCGCGGCCAUGCACCUUUAAAUAGUCCCGAUUGUUUUUUUCUGUUGCAUUUUAUCUCUAUUAAACGGCACGUACAGUACACUCACUUUAACGAAUAUUGAGAUUAGAUUGUUUCAUUUACCUAUAUGACAUUUCUUUAUUGCGUGUUGCCAUUACCAAAAUAUAUAUAUUGAGAACACUGCCUUGUAUUCGCGUGUCUCUCGUUUCCCGACAUUCGCAAGGAAUUUCCAAACCAUCAUUGCGGCCUUUUUAAAUAAAAACUUGCGGCCUUUCAUCCUCGCCUUCCUUAAAACACUAUUACGAGCUGUUAUUGUUAAUUUGAUAUUCUUGUCGUAGCUUAGUAUUGUUUUUUAUUUGAAUAAAUUGAAAUUUGAUAACGAAUUUUUGCGUACGUUCUUCUAUUAAGCGGCCACAUGAGCGCCGAGCCCCAUGCAAAGGGUGGCCGUUUAAUAGAGAUUUGACUGCACACUUGAAUGAUAUAAUGAUUCCUCAACGUGUGUAUGAAAAUGUGAAAAUGUUCCUUAUUCUUAUUCUUAUUAAAGUAAAGGCAAAUUUUUUCUCAGGAUCCCGAGAUCCCACUUUUUUCCUGGUCUGUGUCAAUCUCGUACCCAGAGCCAAAGAAUAAUCGACCCUGGGUACGAGAUUGAGUCUGUGCUGUAAAAAAAUAUACAACACCAAAUUUGCAUCUUAGGAUGAAAUGUCACAGAUAUACAGAAAUUCUCUGCAGUAUUCUCACUAGAAACACUCAAUAAUGUUUGUAAUGAAGGUUUCAAUCAACUCAGCCAAUUAGCGUGAGGUUAAUUAAAUGUGAUUAUACAAUUACUUUAUGGUUUCCGUGUUUGGAUGGCCUGAUCCAAACACGCGGGAAUGUUGCGAGAGUUAAGAAAAGCGAGCGAAAGCACGAGCCGAAGGCGAGUGAUUUUGCCCGCUUUUCUUAACUCGAGCAACAUUCCCAAGUGUUUGGAUCAGGCAUCCAAACACGGAAACCAUAAAGUAAUUGUUUUAUAAAAUAACAACAACACACGAUAAUCUUCCGUGUUUGGAUGGCCUGAUCCAAACACGGGUUUCGACCAAUCAGAACACGCGUUAUAUACAUGUUAUUUUAUAAUACAUUUUCUGAUAACGACAAAACGUGGAUGCAAAACAAUACCAAUAAUUACAAUAACCACCACGGUGAUUACUUUUUAACAAUGAGUUUAAGGAUUAACACUGAAAAUGCAAAAUAUGCAUGGUGUGCUGUGAAGUGUCAUAAGUCCUAUUGAGUAUUGAUCUACUGUAACUGUGUAAAGCCCUCUCGAUACAUGUAAUUGUAAAUUUGUAUUCUUACAUGCAGGGCUUGAAAUAACGUUCCCAAAGUUCCCGAUCAUGGUGAUCGGCAGUCGUGACUUUCCCUGCUUUUUUCAGGUUGGAAACCGAAACACUGCUUUUCCACCGAUCAUAAGCAAUUCCUUGCGGAUCAUUGAUCGGUGAUCGGUUGUAUUUCAAGCUCUGUCUUAACAUUGAUUUCAAAUGAUUAAAGCCAUGUAAUAAUUAUCCCAUGCAACUGUUAGGAAGGGCGAAAUUUUGAACGGAGGACGAAAAUCCUUAAAGAAAAGGUGAAGUUUCUAAAAGGUGGCGAAUUUUCUAAAGGGGGGCGAAAUUCCUAGGACUUUCGCCCCCCUGGGGGCGAAAAUGUAGGGGGGGCGAAAAUCCUGGGACACCGGCGCAACGUUAAGUAAAAUGCUACAAUGCCUCGUAAAUUUUAUUGCAAAAUGCAAAUUGAGUGAAUUUGCAAUCAGAUUUUGUCACAGCAAAAAAAUGUAUGUGACAAUUUUUUUUGUGAUCGGACCAAUGUCCGAUCAAAAUUACUUUUGCUCGGACAUUUGCCAAAUUUAGUCGGACAUUGUCCGAUGUCCGACAGUAAUUUGCAGCCCUGAAAGGUACGGCCGGCUAUGAAAGAUACGACGGACGAUGGAAAAAAAACUGUACGAAUCGAUGUCUGGUUUAUGUUAUAAGGAAAAGGCAACAAUCGAGGUAGCGUAUUAAUGGAUAGAUGUACAUGUAAAGGAGGGCAAGAUGGAGGCUGCAAGCACAUCACAGCCUGUUUGUAUUCGCUGGAGGAUGUACUGCAUAAUCGCGGGAGUGUAAUGUCUAGUCCAUGCCAGUGGGUUAAAGUUAAACGAGCGACAUCAGAAACCAAACCGUGCGAAAUUAAAAGUUUGCAAAUACGGAGAUCCGACAAAAGACCGAGUCCGAGUAAAGUAAAACGAAAAUACGAACAUUUUUAUGCUGAUAAUAUUGAUGUUGACGUCAGGCACGAAAACGAUAGAAGUCCCCCCCCCCUCCAAAAAGGCUCUUAUUACGUUUACAGAUGCUCUUUCGUCCGUCAGCAGUAAACUCUGUGUCUUUCCACUACUUGAAAAAAAUUAUCAAUCGGAAUCCUCACAAGAAACCGCACCAGAGUUCAAACCUACCCAGUCAAUAAAAAUGGAGGUAUAUUAUAAUUAAUUUUUUAUUUAAAGUGAAAUAAGUGUGCAAAUUUUGUUUAAAAGUGUUUCACGGGCCAUGUGUAGUGGUAAAUCCUGUCAACAGCUAAUAGUGUACACUCCUGUAUUAUUACCUCCGCCAGGAGGUUAUGUAAUCAUCUGGGUUUGUGUGUGUGUGUGUGUGUGUGUGUGUGUGUGUGUGUGUGUGUGUGUGUGUGUAUGUGUGUGUGUAUGUGUGUGUGUAUGUAUGUGUGUGUGUAUGUGUGUGUGUUUGUCUGUGAGCACGAUAACUCAAGAAAUACCAAACAUAUCCGUACGAAAUUUUUUGAAUGCAUUUCCCAUCGGCUAAGGAAGAACUGAUUAAAAUGUGGUUGAAUUUGGUUAAAAAUUGAACGAGAAAUGAACAAAAUUUUGUCUUGCUUUUCCCGGUCAAUUAACAAAAAAUAUUACUGAAUGCGUAAUUAGGACGUGUAUAAUUUAUGCACUCAAUGCUAAGACAAUAAUGAGAUGAUAAACCUCAUUAAGUUUCGGCCUUCAUUAUCUAUUGUCUUAGUUGCAUUUCACGCGACCGAAAUUCAAUGUCUAAAACAAGGCUUACGGAGUUACGCAUUAUUACGUUCAGCAAAGUGCCAGUCCAUUCAAAUUCUAACAACAUUAGAUUACUUCAAUACAGGGUGUAUAAAAGAACGCAACCUCGGAAUUUCCCAAGAAAUCGACAUUGUUUUAAAGACAAAAGAUUUUAGCUGCCUGGGAAUUUAAAAUAGCACAACUGUAAAAUUACUGCACGCGCGAGUGCAUAAAGCAAAAUUUAUGCAUUUAUUUAAUGACACUUAAUAAGUUUUUAUUUUACAAGUACUGUACAGUACAACAACAGUAAUAUGUUCUAUUAGCAAUUCGAUUUCAAUUCGCGGGGGCCUGAAAUCUUUAUGCUUAAGAAUUGUAAAGUGGAUUUCUUAGGAAAUUCCAAGGUUGCCUUUCACUUCCGAGUAACGAGCGGAGGUAUGCAGUCUCUGAGUGCCCUCUAGUUAUCCAUGCAUUUAUCAAGGCAUUAUCGCGGUUGUCGCUGCAUUUUUUGUUUGAUACUUCAAUUGGACGUCACUUUGUCAGCUUCUUGACAUGUAUUUCUUGUUUUUCUAUUGUUUUGGUUAAACAUUUCAACGUGAAUGAAAAAUUUAUUUUAUUAAAGAAUUCUUCGGAUCGAAUCGGAUUGGAAUAUUUUAAUUAUUACAACUCGGAUCGGAUUAGACAAUUUCGGAUCAGAUCGGAUUUUAAACAUUAGCCAAUUGUCGGAUUAUAAACGUCCAAUCCGAUCCGAUGCACACCUCUAAUGUUCGCCAUAUAUAUGAACAUAAUUGAUAUAUGUUCUAAUAUUGAAAUCUUAUAACCAACCAUUAAUUAUAAUUUUGCGUGCCAAAUCUUUCUAGGUAAACACGAACGGGGUGAUCUCUUUCCUUCUCCAGGUUUCACAAUACACACCAGAUCCAUUUCCACUAGGAAGUAAUCGGCGUAUCAUUGCACCGUUCUGGGCGGAUGUCGAUACUAGAAACGGUGGCGUUGUAUACUACAGAGAAACUCAGGAUCUUGCAAUUCGAACACGAGUUUCUGAAGAAAUUAGAAAGUAUUUCGUUCGUCAAAGACGGUUUUCUGCAAAAUGGGUCCUGAUCGUGUCCUGGUUGAAUGUUGCUCGCUACGGUGGAACUUCCUCUCCAAGUGUAAGAUUGCAAAAUAAAUUACGUACAAAAGACAAUUGGGUAAAAGGGUUUUCAUUUGACUCAGAAUCAACUUUAAUUGGCAUUUUCAUACUGAACAAAAUAUCUACAGAAAACUAUCUGUUUAAUAUUAUGCACUCUAAAAAUCUGCAUGGUUAAAAAUGUUCCUGCAUGUUAAUCUAAUAGUAGGGGUAACUUAAUUGGGGUAACUUAAUGUUCAUGGUUGAAUUUCCUAGUUAAAUAGUUCAGAACCACAGUCCUGCUUAUAAUAACCGUGACUAAUUAUUACGGGAACCACUCAAUAUUUUAAGAAAAUACAAAAUGACAGUAACUCUUAUCUUGUAACUUUUUAAUCAUGAAGAUGACUUCAAACUCGUCGAAACGUCGAUUAAAAAUCAAAAUGUUAUUCGGAGUUACUGUAAUAUUUUGUAUUUUAAUUGAACUAUGAUUCCUGAAUUAAUCAUGCGGGACCACAUAAUUAACCAAAACUGUGCUUAAAUUACUGACCAGCAAAUUUAACCAGCAACAUUACGUUGCCGCAAACAGUAUUAAUUUUAGACUAAUUAAACCAGGAAAUUUUAAAACUCUUUCUCAUGCAGCCAAUCCCUAUUAGCAUAUAUCACUCGCCCGGUGAUAUAUGACUUUGCAAGUUCAUAUCUUCGCAGUGGCCUUAUUGGGGUAUAUUCAUAUAUUCGUGUUCUGCCCGACUAAUUUCUUUGAAAUGAACUUGAAAACAAAGAAAUUCCAAAGAUAUUCGUUGGGCAGAAUACGAAUAUAUGAAUAUACACCCCUCCCCCAAUUAACGCUCAAGUUACGUCUCUGUAUCUUAGGUUUGGUGCAUGCUAUAGACUAUGAAAACAAAAAAUACUACCGUUAGAUUUAGUGAAACAAUAUUCCAAUUCCUAACGUAGUUUAAAUAGUAGACUUAAAUUUUGGAUGCAACCAAAUGCUAUUUGCGAAAUUGCUUUUCUUCUUUAUAGAAUACAUUUCAGACCAUUCUGGCAACCGAUGGCAUCAACUCGUUUUCAAUAUUUUACUACAAUAAAAUCGAGUGGACUUUUGGCACUUUGAGCAAGGGCG